CCAACACUGCUGUCCAAGCUCUGAGGGCAAAGGAGGAAGAAGACAUGGCCCUACCAACUCAGCAGUCUGAAGAGCUGCGCCUCUAUCAGCAAACCCUUCUCCAAGAUGGACUUAAGGACAUGCUGGACCACAACAAUUUUAUAGAUUGUGUUCUAAAGAUCCAGGGCAAAGAAUUUCCCUGCCACCGGUUGGUGCUGGCAUCCUGCAGCCCUUACUUCCGAGCCAUGUUCCUUUCGGAUCUGGAAGAGAGCAAGAAGAAGGAAAUUGACCUUGAAGAUGUUGAUCCAGACGUGAUGGGGAAGAUCCUUCAUUAUAUCUACACUUCUGAAAUUGAGAUCACAGAGAAGAACGUUCAGGACAUAUUUUCGGUGGCCAACAUGUUCCAGAUCCCCUCAAUAUUCACAGUGUGUGUGUCUUUCCUCCAGAAGAAGCUAUGCCUUAGCAAUUGUUUGGCUAUAUUCCGCCUUGGCUUGUUGUUGGAUUGUCCCCGUCUAGCCGUCUCCGCCAGGGACUUUGUAUGUGACCGAUUUAAUCUCAUUGCUAGAGACAGUGAGUUAUACGAGCUUUCCCCUGAUGAGUUGAUCGCUGUAAUCUCAAGCGACUCACUCAACAUUGAGAAGGAAGAAGAUGUCUUUGAGGUGGUCAUGAAAUGGGCAUCAAAAGAGAAGGAGAAACGUACCAAGGCGUUGCCCGUCAUCUUCGAAAGCAUUCGCUUCUGCCUCAUACCCCAAGACUAUAUAAAGAACAAGGUUGAAAAGCAUGAACUGGUCAAGCCCAACAAGGAACUCUUGAAAAAACUCCAAAUAGUCAAAGAUGCCCAAGAAGGAAAAUUACCUUCACUUAAAAAGAAAACAUCUGCUAAAGCAAGUGAGGGCAAAGAUGGGGAACAAGUGGUAAAUGGGGAGUUGGAUGAAGAGGAAGAAGCCCUUCCUGGAAUUCUGAAUGAUACACUCAGGUUUGGAAUGUUUCUAAAGGAUAUGAUAUUCAUGAUCAGCGAUACUGGAGCGGUGGCCUAUGACCCAAGUGCCAAUGAAUGCUUCUUUGCCUCACUCUCCGCCCAGAUCCCCAAAAAUCACGUUAGCCUGGCGACUAAGGAAAACCAACUUUUUGUAGCCGGUGGACUUUAUUAUAAUGAGGAAAGCAAGGAGGAGCCAUUGAGCUCUUAUUUCCUACAGUUUGAUCACUUGGACUCUGAUUGGCUGGGAAUGCCCCCCGUCCCCUCCGCUCGGUGCCUGUUUGGUUUGGGGGAAUCAGAAAAUUCCAUAUACCUGAUUGGUGGAAAGGAACUGAAAGAAGGAGAACAGAUGCUGGACUCUGUUUUGUGCUACGACCGGCCGUCAUUUAAAUGGGGAGAGUCGGAUCCAUUACCUUAUAAAGUGUAUGGCCACACUGUUGUGUCUCAUGAUAACCUGGUGUAUGUUCUUGGAGGCAAAGGAAAUGAAAAGAAAUGUCUAAAAAGGGUUUGCGUCUACAACCCAAAGAAGUUUGAGUGGAAGGACUUGGCACCUAUGAAAACUGGUCGGUCGCUAUUUGGAGCCACCGUUCACAAAGGAAAAAUCUUCAUUGCCGCUGGAGUUACGGACACUGGUUUAACCAACACCAUUGAAGCGUAUGAUAUCAAGACCAAUAAGUGGGAAGACUUUACUGAGUUCCCCCAAGAACGCAGCUCUCUGAGCCUGGUCAGCAUGAAUGGGACACUUUACGCUAUCGGAGGAUUUGCCACCAUAGAGAAUGAAUCAGAGGAACUUGUUCCAACAGAACUGAAUGACAUCUGGAGGUUCAACGAAGAGGAGAAGAAGUGGGAAGGAAUUCUGAGAGAGAUUCGAUACGCGUCCGGAGCGACCUUUAUUGCCGCCCGGCUCAAUAUCCUGCGAUUAACGAAGAUGUAACAACACCGGAAUAGUUUCUGGGAUAAUAAUAUAGGUUAUAGAAGUCUAGGCCAAGUAUAUAGAGAACAUUAACAAACUAUGGGGCUUGCUGAUGAUGGAUCAUGUUGUUGGGACCAUUGUCGGAAUAGCACUAAGGACCCACCACCGAGAAGAAAAAGAUCAUAUUUGCAUGUGUUCUAGAAUGAUGCAACCUCAGCCUGGGAGGCAACAAUUCUUUACACAGUUUGUAGCAAAGAAAUUAUCGAUGCCCAACAACAGCCGUCUUGUUUUAUGAUUUUAUGGUACAUAUACCCACAGAUCUCAUACCAAACCAAAUUCAUUUUUUCCCAGUCUUAAAACACGCCAUUUUCAUCUGUAGCAGCAUUUUAAAAUACCCAUACAUCCCUCAAAAAACUCUUAAAACCCCCAACAAGAGCUCAGGGCUGAAUUAAACCCAUUUGCUAAAAAAAAAAAAAAAAGUCCAAAAUCUGGCAGUUAUUUCUUGCUAUGGGUUACUGGACCAGGGCUGGUUGUGCACUUGACUUUCCAUAUCACAUAUACCGUAUAUACUCGAGUAUAAGCCGAGGUACCUAAUUUUACCUCCAAAAACUGGGAAAGCUUAUUGACUCGAGUAUAAGCCUACGGUAAGAAAUGCAGCAGCUUCUGGCAAGUUUCAAUCAAAAAAUUGAGGGUUUCUGCUCCCGUUGGAGGUGCCAGCUUCUCGUUUCUGGACGCCAACCACCAUUCUUGGAUGCCAGUGACUAUUCUUGGAGACUUUUCUUGGAUGCCAGCGACUAUUCUUGGAGACCGGCGACCGUUUUUGCGUUGACCCGAGUAUAAGCCGAGGUCGAGUUUUCCAGCAUAUUUUGGGGGCUGAAAAACUCGGCUUAUACUCGAGUAUAUACGGUAAUAUACAUAUUCUGGGGACAUCAGCAGGUACCUGAAUUCCCACUGAUACCUUUAUAUGUUGAAGACCAUUGGAUCCUCGUCGAUAGCAGAACUAGAACUCCCAGAAUUCACAGUCGGCACUGGUUUUUCCACCCUAUUGGUCAGCUCCUGAUGCUUAUAAGGAGGAAAGUGGCUGCCUGUUAAACACCAACCACCCCAUAGGCCUCUGAUUAUAUAGGAAGCCGCUAGAUUUUUUUUAUAUUUGAAUUUUCAAAGUCAUUGUACAAAAUCAGUGCUAUUUAUAUUGAGAUUUUUACAGUACGUCUUGAGACAAGUAUCUCUGUUUUGUGCGAUAUGUACCGACUAAUAUCACUGUGUCUAAUACAAUCUGCAGGUUUGGAGAGGGGGUUGUUGAGUUUUGCUAAUAAAACAUGAAAAAUACUA